AUGGACGAUUUCUCUGCAACCCAUAUUAAUUACACCCUUUCCAUUCACCUAAGUGGCAUUUUCUUCUCCUGGCAUCGUCACUUUGUCUGGUUAUGGGAGAAGGCGCUACGCGAGGAAUGCGGUUACAAGGGAUAUCAACCGUACUGGAAUUGGGCCCUCUCAGCUAACAAUCUAUCCGCCAGCCCGAUCUUUGACGGAUCCGCUACCUCUCUAUCAGGAAAUGGUGACCCAAUCAAGCAAGAAACAUUACUUCGGCUGGAACCCACUAAUAUUACUAUCCCGAUGGGUUCAGGUGGGGGAUGUGUGACCAAUGGCCCAUUUGCUAAUAUGAUGCUUAACCUACCAGAGCUCUCCAUGGCAGGGGACGAAGAAUUCCCUCCUAAUGCCUUUGAUUACACCCCGCACUGCUUUACACGGAAUCUGAACUCUUACAUGUCCAACGCCUUUACCAGCCAGGCGGACGUGGACCGGUUGUUGAACUCACCAACAAUUACCGAUUUACAGGUUAACAUGGACCUCAGUGCCUGGCCUGAGCUGAGAGAAAUGGGAAUUUUAGGUCCCCACACUGCGGCGCAUAUGUCCCUUGGACGUACCAUGCAGGACUCCUGGUCGUCACCGCAGGACCCGUCAUUUAUGCUCCAUCAUGCCCAGGUCGACCGUAUCUGGUCCCUGUGGCAGGCUCGAGGUCCAGAGAGUCGCCGGUGGGCCUUGAACGGCACGAGUACCGUCUACAACAAACCGACAACACCGGAAGUCACUUUGGACACGGAAUUAACUUGGGGGACGCUCAGCGACAACAAGUCAGUGAGAGAGGUUAUGAGCACCGAAGCGUAUCAUUUUUGCUACGAAUAUGGUGACUGA